CAAACCUUCUGGUUAGAUUUUGAACUAUUCCCAUGCUCAAUUCAAGCUUCUUAUUGCCUUAUACUAUUUUACAUUAUUUUAUUGUUUUCUGAUCUUUCCUGGUUGACAGAUUGGUUUGACGGGCUGCAGACAUUCAUGCGGUACAUAUGCCACAAUAGCUGGUUAGGUGGGUGGUUGAUGCCCCAGAAGAAAAGUUAUUUCACCCUUCAGCUGCCAAAAGGAUGGUGGGUUUUCGGUCUCGACCUUGCUCUGCAUUGUGAUAGUGAUGACUAUCAAUUCAAGUUCUUUUUGGAGUUGAUUAAGGAGAAGGUAAUCUGUUUCGUUAAUAUUUUGAUGAUCUGCAUAUUUGAUUGUUGCAUGUAUAUUAAACUGGAUUUAAAAGAAAUAUUUCUCGUGUAAUUUGCAAUUUUUUUGGGCUUAUGAAGGGGAAAGUAUAAGACUCAGUUUUAUUUUAAUUUUUUUCUUUCUUUAUUUUGUAACUUUGAUGGUGUUUUCUAUGAAUACACCAAACUUCAGUUGUGGUUUUGGUUAUUAUGUAUUUUUUGUCCAGGUGUGGGAAAAUGAUUCUGUGAUCAUCAUGACCCACGAACCUAAUUGGCUUCUCGAUUGUUACUGGAAUUUAUCGACCGGAAAAAAUAUUCCGUAUCUAACACGCGACCAUUUAAGAGGCAUGUGUAAUCUCCGAAUGGCCGGGGACUUGUAUCAUUACAUGCGCCGUUCGUACGUUCCAUCACCGGAAAAGCCAUUACACGUCCACCAUUUGCUCGUCAAUGGCUGUGGUGGGGCCUUUUUGCACCCGACUCACGUCUUUCAUGAUUUUGACAAUAUAUAUGGCACAUCCUAUGAAAGCAAGGCGUCUUAUCCUUCUUUCGAGGACUCGAGCAAGAUUGCUUUAGGAAAUAUAUUGAAGUUUCGCAAGAAAAAUUGGCAGUUUGAUUUCAUUGGUGGCAUUAUAUACUUCGUCUUGGCCUUUUCCAUGUUUCCUCAGUGUAAGCUAGAUCACAUCUUACAGGAUAACACAAUUUCGGGUCACAUAAAGAGCUUUUUAGGCACGAUAUGUGAUGGUUUAAUGUACAUGGUUGCGCACUCGUAUGUAUCGUCAGCCGGUGCUUUCUUCCUGUUAGUCGCGGCUGUCACCUUUGUGCCUUCAAAAGUCUCCCGAAAGAGGAGAUUUUUAAUUGGGUUUCUCCAUUUCUCGGCUCACUUGGUUUCACAUUGGUUCUAAUGCUGCUAUUGGAAUUGGGUGUUGAGACGUGUAUCAGGCAUAAACUAUUGGCCACUUCUGGUUACCACACUCUGUACGAAUGGUACCGGUCAGUGGAGAUCGAGCAUUUUCCGGAUCGAACUGGACUUCGUGCACGUAUUGAGCAAUGGACGUUUGGCCUUUAUCCUGCAUGCAUUAAGUAUCUAAUGUCUGCAUUCGAUGUCCCUGAGGUGAUGGCUGUCACGAGGAAUAAUAUCUGUAAAAACGGGAUGCACUCCCUCUCGAGAGGUGGGGCCGCCAUAUACUAUGCUUCCGUUUUUCUUUAUUUCUGGGUUUUCUCGACUCCUGUUGUGUCUUUGGUUUUCGGGAGCUAUCUUUAUGUGUGCAUCAACUGGCUUCAUUUGCACUUUGACGAGGCCUUUUCCUCCCUUCGUAUUGCAAAUUACAAGUCCUUCACUCGCUUCCAUAUAAACACCAAAGGCCAUCUCGAGGUUUUCACCCUUGCUGUGGAUAAGGUUCCAAAGGCGUGGAAGGUGGAUCCGUGCUGGGAGGGAGAGUCGAAGCUAAUACAGAGCCUUGGCUACAGAAGAAGAUUUCCGAGCAAAUGGCGGUCAGCGUCGUCUCAGCAAGACCCAGUCAACACUGUUAGGAUUGUUGACCAUUUUGUUAUUCACCAAACUGGAAUAAAUGAUCAAGGGACUUGAUAUGGGAAUUCUAAUUCAAAUGACCAUGCAUUUCAUUCAAAUAUCAUACAAGUUGAAGCAAAGUCAGUUAGAUUACACUUGCAAAAUACAUAAUAUCUUUGAGAAAGAUAAAAUGCUCGAUACACCUAUUGUCGUGAAUAAACGGACACAUUUUUUUCGUUUUGUUUACUUCACGGAUCAAACCUUUCGUAACCAUUAUAAUCUCAAAUACAUUCUUGCAAAAGGUAUUCCUACAUUACAAUCCUUGAAAAUGUUCUUCGACUCACAAUUGGCUGAAUGUUCCUAAGGAUUUUUGUUAACUAUCGAUUUUCUGCUUACUUCUGUUAAGCUGUUCUUUACCUAAGACAAAAGUUCAUGAACAAUUCUGCCCUAAUCUCGAUUCAACCUCAUGUUCUGCAUCAAUUGCAUAGACGGAAUUGGUGUGCCUGUAUAAAAAGGAUAAACAGAAAACCAGAAAUUUAUUGUUUUCUAAUGAUUGAAAAAUGAAGGAAGAAAGAAAGAAAG